GGCUACUUUAGGAUUGGCCAAAGGUGUUGACUUUUCCGGAUAUGUAUCUAAUUUAAUAAACCUCACCACUCUUGCAUCCGCAUUCACUGUUUAACCAUGUACAUGGCUAGGCUGUUAUUGUUUUAUAGAAACCACUCUAAACAUUAUAUAUAACUCAAACAUAUGGCGGAUUCGUAUAAAUCUAUACUUACAGCUUUAUAUUGUGGUGGAAUGUAGGACCAAUCAAGCCAGUGAUUAUUAUAGUGUGACAGACAAUAAUACAACAACCAUGGCAACCAGAGGAAUGUAGCCCAACCAGAAAACAAUACCCCUCUAAUUCAUUCGAAGACAACAAUGCCGGCACCAGAACAGCCCAGAACCCGACUCUUAACGAAGGAGUUUAAGGGCAAUAUUGGUCCGUGUAUGGUAUCCUUUUCCAUACCCUUACUCAUCCCAGGAUUAACCAUUACUCUGGUGGCGUUUUCUGAUGAAACAGGAUUUUCAAAAUAUGGAGCGUUACAUAUCCUUGGAAUGGCGGUGUUGGUCAUCGCCCUGUUGUUGUUCUUCCUGGGAUGCGUGUUUAGAUGUUUAUUUCAGAUAAUUCGUAUUGUGCCACUGGACAAUGAAACUCUCACAUCAGUCACAACUCACGACAAACUUGACAAACUCAAAUGGAACGGAAAAGAUAACGCAAGCGUUCAGUCGCAGAAAAAAAUCGUGGAUAACAAUGAAACAAUCUAUGCGUCUACCUCUACGUCUUCGAGAGAUCAAAAUCAGAAUAGAAAAAAAACUGUACCUGAAAAAGAUAAUUUAUCUUAUUCGUCAUCGGGAACCGGCUCUUACACCUCAGGAUCAGACUCGGAUAAUCCGAAUGAAGAGGACAUCGAAGCACAAAAAACUAAACAUAAUUUAGAAACGCUUAUACGAGAAAAAAAUAAAAAUACACAUAGCUUAUCUAAAGACAGUGGUGGUGAAAGAGUUCAAUUAAAUCCCAGUAUAGAUACCCAGGAUGACUCUGACGUAAAUACAGAUUUAUAUCCCUUAAAAAGAUUACCAAAAAUAGAUCUUAAACAUACAAAAUUUAGUUACAGUAGUCAAGAUAAACCGGAUGAAGAGAUGUCUAUUAUAGAUGAAACAAACGGCGCAUCACCGGAUGACCAUACAUCCGCCAAGCGCCAUCUUGGUGACCUUCCGGAUUUAAAUGGCGAUACAGGUCGUAGAAUAUUAUCUGAUGGUUCCUAUGAUACAAAUAGUGUGACAUCAACAGACAGUAUUUCGGGACACAUAAUACGAACGAAUAGGGGUAUUUAUCACGCAGGGACCGAUUCAGAAAACUUUUGAUGUUAUUCUGAGAAAUAGAUCGCCAUUUUGUUAUUUAUAGAAACACACACUAAGCAAUGGUCUGUGAUAUAGUUUUAUGAAUAGUGCUAUUGAAUGAGAAAAUGUGUGAUAAAAACAAACGUUUCUGAAACAAUGCAUUAAAGCGAAUGAGGAACUACUGUUUAUAGAAUGAACUAUUUGGUAUAAAUAAUAAAAUAGAGUAUAUUGAACUAUAAGGUCAGUGCUACAGAUGUAGGAAAGAAAACCUGGGACAAUAAUUAUAAAUAAAUAUGUGAUAAAAAUAUGUGUAAUAAAACGUGAACCUAAAAACAACUUUUGCGAACAUACUAGGUUCACAGUUGAUGAGCAAUAACAAAGGUAGAUGGGGUGGGGUGGUUCUUUGGCUUGAGGUCCUUAUUUGUUCGGUAAUUUUAAUGCACAUUUUGUAAUUAACAGGGUGAUAAGGUAUAGCUGAAAGGUAAUCCUUGAAUCAUCAUGUACGAUAGGUAGUUAACUAUGUAUAAAUCAAGCAUAAUAUUAAAAGACAAUUAGUGAUACACAGAUUGUGCCUUGUGUUACACAUCCUGUAUCCUGUGUGGCAAUUGAAAGAAUUGAGUCUACUACAAGAACACCUAUUUAACGCAUAUCAAUAUUUUUGUUUUGAUCUUCCACCCUGAUCAUAAAUUUUUAAUACCCUUUUUGUUUUUAUCAGAAGUGGUGUUAAAAAUUGCUCAUUUUUCCAUUGUACAAUUUGCAUUGUUGAAAUAGUGAAUAUAGCAACAAACUCACUACAAAUGCUUUAAUGUUAUCAACUUUAGGUUGAUUAAGGACUGGGUAUUUUGAUCAAAUCAUCCUCUGUUAAUCUGUGAUGAACACAUUAUAUUCAUCCUGACCAGGAAACAGUUCCGGAUAUUACGUUUUCUCUUUCAGCAAAUUUGUUUUCUUUUUGUAUUAUAUCUAUAAGAAUUUUGUUACGUUGAUUUUGAAUAUCAUUUCGCUUUAAUAAGUUAAUAAUUGAUUCUGAUAUAUGGCAACCAAAGUGAUGAUGAACGACAAAAUAUGAACUUGAGAUUAAACUGCUGAAUGAAUGUUUUUGCACAAUGACUUUCUACGUAUUAUAAGCCUAUUUUUUGUUACGUUUCCGUAAUUUCACGGAUAUUGCUUAUUGUUGUUAUAAACUACAUAAACGUUAUAAUGCGCACCACUGUGUUGAGGCGUACAUACACUGUGAAGUUAGGAAUUUGGUGUCUUGAGCAAACAUGGGAUAUUUUCUCAAUGUAACUUAAAAGUCAAUAAAUUGUCGUUUAUUUAUAGAUUAUUUAAAGAUGCAUUAUGUAAGAUUUAGUUAGAUAGAGCUAAUCGUUCUUGCUAUAAAAAUUCAAAAAUAAAUAAUGAAAAAUGAAUUGAAAAUUUCAGUCAAACUGAUUUAUUCUGAGUCAGAAGUCUUGAUUUUCAGUCCUUUUAUUGAAAGGCUGGUCUAAUCCAUACCAUAUCUCAGUCAUCCGAUGGUAUAGAGAGUUGAUUAUAAGCGUGAUGAAAAGACCUGCAAACUAUGGAAGUUUAGCUUUUACAUAAUGUAUUUCCCCCACCCCUCCCCCAGCAAAGUAGUUUGUUAAUUAGCCGAUCUAGUCAAAGAUCUAUAAUUACACAAAUCAUUUUAUACUAAAUAUCAUUGUUGAUUUUUUUUUAAGUACAAUUUUGUUAAAUCUUUGUUGUUGUUGAAAAAUUACCUUUUGAUAUGUGUUAACCUAGCCUCAGGUUGAACGUUGUCAAUGUCUAAAUUUGUUUUAAAUGACAUCAAGUGAUUUUUAUUUGACCAUAUGCGGUUCAAGAACUUUCAUAAUGAAUCUCAAAUAAAGUUAUAUU